AUGGGUGUUUCUACAAAAUGGGUUCCUGGAUUGCUCCUCCUUUUCAGCAUUUUCUUCCAUUUGAGUGCGAUUACCUAUGGAGAUUUCGAAGAAGAGAGUAGGUUUGGCGGGCCUGUUGGCAGGCGGUUUGGCGGUGGCGGGGGCAGUGGUCUCGGGGGAGGAGGUGGGUUUGGCGCCGGGGGUGGUGCGGUUGGUGGUGUGGGUGGUGGAGCUGGUGGGGGUGGUGGCUUUGGUGGCGGUGGGAGGGGUGGUUUUGGUGGUGGUGCAGGUCAUGGAGGUGGGUUCGGAGCGGGAGGUGGUGUAGGAGGCGGUGCAGGUGGCGGUGUUGGAGGGGGUGGUGGUUUCGGCGGCGGCGGCGGUGGCGGAUUGGGUGGUGGGUCCGGUCAUGGUGGAGGGUUUGGAGCAGGUGGUGGUGUAGGUGGCGGUGCUGGCGGUGGAAUUGGUGGUGGAGGCGGUGCUGGUGGUGGUGGAGGUGGUGGCAUUGGAGGUGGGUCUGGGCAUGGUGGUGGGUUCGGAGCAGGUGGUGGUGUAGGAGGUGGUGCGGGUGGCGGUGUUGGAGGGGGUGGUGGUUUCGGUGGUGGCGGCGGAGGAGGAGCUGGUUAUGGGUCUGGACAUGGCGGAGGAUUUGGUGCCGGUGGUGGCAUAGGAGGUGGUGCAGGUGGCGGUGUUGGUGGUGGUGGAGGCUUCGGAGGGGGUGGACGUGGUGGUGGCGGCCGUUAA